CACACACACACACACACACACACACUGAAACAGGAAUACAAUCGCUCUUUAUUUUGUGAGCAGUUUCAAGCGCAAUGGACAACAGCAUGCCUGUAAUUAGCAAGAUUUUUUGCUCAAGUACUUUGACAACACUGAUGAUCAGGAGAAGGCCUAUAGUCGUGAAUGGUGGUGGCUUUGUUGUUACUGACCUCAGUAAUAACGUUGUUUUCAUUGUGGACGGCUGUGGAAUGCUUGGAUCCAAGGGAGAACUACUGGUGAAAGAUGGGGAUGGAGAAGAGAUACUGUUUAUUUCUAGAAAGGGAGGAAUUAUCCAGGCACUAAGCACAUGGAACAAAUGGAAUGGGUACUCAAUGGACUACCAAGGAAAGAAAAAGUUGGUAUUUAGCCUAAGUGAUCCAAAAUUAUGCAUAACAAAAGGUGCUCCAACUAGAAUACACAUUGAACACAAGAGGCACUGCAAAAAUUGGGACUUCGAAAUCAGUGGAUCUUUUGCAGAUAGAGACUGUACAAUAACUGAUUGCUCUGGCAAAAUAGUAGCCCAGAUGGGGAAGAAAGAGCAGAUAGGAUGCAAGGACUUCUACCAUGUGGUAGUGCAGUCAGGCUGUGACAAGGCUUUCAUCAUUGCGGUAAUGGCAGUUCUUGACAACAUCCAUGGAGAAUCCACCAGAUGCUGAUAGUAUCAAGUGAUCUUUUCUUGUUCACAGAACACAGCAGUGGUUUUAUGUUCAUUAUCACUGAUCUUGUCAACCAACUACCUGCUUUAGCCUUAAAGCAGAUAUCAUUCCAUGUUCACUGACCCUAUCUCAUUAUCAGCUAAAUCAUGUCAGAUUUAGUCAGCAUUUAUUGAUAUCGUGACGGCACUCCUUUGCACAACUUCAACUGCAAUCCUUUCUGAAUUGAUGAACAAGGUAGUUCCAGCUUACAAUAUGUAAUCUGUACAGUGGAAAACAAUUUCUAGACCUACCCUUCAUGCUGGAGGAAUAAAAACUCCUAGCAAGGUUGAACAAAAAAAGGGCAAGAAAUGCUUAAUUGGUCCUUGAAAUAUCGAAAGGUGUUAAUUACUAAGCCUUGGCUUCUCUGGCAUAAACAAUCGCAAAUACAAUGCAUCCAGUAAUA